AUUAAGAGCUCUCUCUCUCUCUCUCUCUCUUUCUCUCUCUCUCGCUCGCUCACCCUCACCCUCACCCGCACCCUCAAGAAUCGAGAACCUCUCUCGCCUUGCAAGCUAGGGUUUCUCCACCUUGCGCACUCAAAUUCUGCGAUGCCAGCUUCAGAUCUCUCUCGGGAGCUGUCGUUUCCGUCGUCGCCUGCGGGUUCUCUAUCAUUCGAUACCACCUUAUCAAGAAGCCGUGAGGAGUCUGUGUGAACUGGACGCGACAUCCACCGAUUCGGGUAAUGCUGUAACCUAUCUAAAGCUAUUGUUCAAUGGCCAACUAGGGUUUUGAGUUUUGUUAACCUUUGAAGAGCAAUGGGAAGGUUGUGCGAUAUAUAGUCUAAACGGCGCGAAUUUAUUUAAGAUGGAGAAGAGUUUAGAUGCCUCUCAACCGAGGAGAUCAUUUAUCCCAAUUGAGUCUAUAUGUAUAGAUCUUUCCAGUGCCAUCGAUAGAGAUUAUAAUGGAAAGUGCGAGCGCUUCUCUAUACGUGAAUAUGUAUCUGAAAUGAGAAGAAAAGACGAGAAGAUUUGCAGGCCAUUUACAUCAGAUGGUCACAUUAAUGCCAUAAAUGAGCAAGCUUGCAAGCCUCUUCCACAACCUCUUCAAAAUUCUCAAUCGUGGCAGUGUCUGAAUUGUCUCAACACUGAAGCUGGUAGAAAGGAAACUGGCACUGUUGUUAAGUGCUGCAGUAAAAGAUGCCUGUUUGAUGGCCCUUGUUCCCAGAUGUGGAGCACCUCUGAACCAUCAAAUCCUGUAGUGGAUUUUCAGGAGACCUUGAAGCUCGAAGUUACUGAGAAUAGAGAAGCUAUUCCUGAUACUUCUACUUUCCUAACUAAGAGUGACUGUUGUGCUUCAUUGGUUGCUGACAAAAAUGGCCAAACAGAUGACGAAAUUGAUGCUUUCAGAAGAGAAUUUACUGGACCAAGCGCUGCUGCACCAGAAGUUGAUCAAUGUCAGGACCAUGAAAGUGUAAAAAGAUGACCAAGUUUACAACUAUACAGAAUGCAAUGGCUCUCCUGAUUCAUGUCAGCAAGAUGGAAGUCAAGAAGCUCGAAAUAUUUUGGAAAACCUUCAACCGGGAAAACAAGCUUCUGGCGAUGAUCAGGAGGGGAAGGUGACUGAGGACCAUGAAGAGACAUCAAGAACAGUUAGUUGGGAUGAUCAGAUGCCUCAUUAUCUCACAGAUCAUGAAACGGAAAUCCCUCCCUGGGAUUGGAUGAGUGCAACGACUCAUUAUCUGAAAGUGCAGAUAUAGGGCUCAAAGAUUGUUCUCACAAUCAAAAUCGGGAUAAAUGUCAUGGUCUAUUUCGUAGAAGAACCAGAAAGACACGCCUGAUCACCGAAUUACUGAAAGAAAGCAAAAAUUCAACCACUGAUCACAUUGGAACAGAUUAUCCUCCUAGGAAUGCAAUAUCUGAACCUUUGGAUAAGACAAACAGUGUUGUGCAAGGUCAGGCAGUUUUCACAGAACUUGUGAAAAGUAGGUUUCG